AUGGCCGAGUUGCCUCGACAAGGCAAGCAGGUGCCAAAGCGGCAGAAGCCUUCACGACUCAGACAUGAAGUACGCCCCGAGUCAACCGAUGACGAGCGAGAUCGCAAGAAGCCUGUCCCCCAAGAACCUGACAGCGAUGCAAUUAUUCCUGAGACUCAGCCGAAUCAGGACGGAUACUACGUUCGUAAUGACUUCACUCCCGAGCGUGAGCCGGACCUCAGCGACCUGCCUACUAGUCCCGGUACUGCAGAAUUGUUGCAGCGCACUGCAGUAACGAAAAAGGCGGACAUUCAUACAUCAACCUGGGUUCCAUUCGCUCUCAGCACUCGCACCAAAGAAACACCCGGAUUGAACAAUAACUCUGGACCAGCAGAUGUUCCCACGUUCGCUUUCACACGUUCGCAACCGAGCCAAGUCCCCAAGAAGGCAUCCCCCAAGGACAAGGCCUUUACCGCCAGGUCUGUUCCUAAUACUGAGUCGACAAUAUCUGGUGUUCACAAGCAGGUUGUGCAUGCAUCUCAGGAUGCCAGUGUAGCAACAGAGCCUGCGUACGUCUCACCACCAAUCUUCCUGGGCAACGACGAUCGCCACAAGACAAAUCCUGCUACCGAUCAGGAAGUACCUCUCUUCCAACAGCCGGCCGCCAAAGAGUCACAGAACGAGUCUGCAUAUCCUUUACCUACCCAACCGGACACGCCAUCUAAAAUGCCUCCUUCCGCACAGCCCGACACAAGGCCGGCUCCUGGAGCUAGUAAGGCCCGUGUUGUCAAGAAGAGCAAGAAAGGGAGAAAAGGACAGCUCUCUCAGCAGCGUGAAGGCCAACGACCUCCUCGGUCAAACGUUCUGGCACGGCACGCUCAACAGGCCAUGACGACGGGCAAACCAGUUGCCGAGACAUCCAACAACCCCCUUGCUACCGACGACGCAACAGUCCAUACGUCGCAAUUUCAUGCAGUGCAAGCACCUGCCCCUAUCAAUGAACUCAAUGGGCAUGCAUACGUUGAGCAGUCUCCACUGGUGAAAGAGUAUGAGUGUGUCGCCCACGUUGAGGAGUCCUGCAACACCACUCAGACCAUUCCGGACACGACUUUCCAAGAAUUUCCAGAGUCUUCCGCUCAGCGCGAGUUCCCCACGUCCUCUAUGUUUGUGACAUCGACUUUGCCUCCGAAAGUGGACGAUACGGAGCGCGAGCAACAGCCGCUCGCAGAUGUUCACUAUCAGGAUCGCGGGCUGGUAUCCGCCGAAGAACGUACUCCAUUGCCGGCUCAAGACUCUGGCCUCCAUAUCCCAGACAAUGACGAAUCGGUUGCUGUGGCCAUCCAGUCCAAUCAGCUGCAGCAGCCCGAAAUAUGUGCAAGAAGUCAACAGUCUGCCCCACUGCCAAAGGAUUCUGAAGCUGUUCUACAUCGAAUCUCCCACCAGGACGCAUCUCACCGUGUGGCUAAACCUCGAAGAAAGCUACGACCCAGUGGCUCGGUACCAAACAGCCCCCAGGAGCAGGCCAUGUCUCUCAGUGUUGAUCAAGCAAUGGAGAGCGUGAGAGUGGCGAUGUUGGCUGACAAAUUCCGCGCCAAGCAUGAAAGCAUGAUCGUCGCUAAGCAGCGCGAAGCGGAAAUUGCAGGACUUCAGGGCACGAUCAACGAUCAUGUCCAGACUAUCGCAGAGCGUGAUGCGAGCAUUCGAAGCCUGAAAGAAGCUUUCAGUCAACUCACCGACAAGGCCAAAACCAACCAGAAGUUCGUGCAUGGCCUUCAGCAGGACUACGAGAAGCUGCAGAAGUCUGCUGCGAGCUUCCAAAAGCACAGCCAGAUGACACUGACAGAGAAGAUCACCGAGCUUGAGGAUGAAAAGAAGACGUUGUACCGCGAAUGCGAGACUGCAAUUGACAAGCUUGCUGCAACUCAAAAGAAGAUGAAGUCCGCGCUCGACGAUGUCUACGGGCGGUUCAUCAUAUCGGAGUCAAAGAGGAUAGAUCUUAUCGAAAAUCUGGGCAAGCGGGACGCCGAAAUCGGAGAAGAGCGGAGAAAACGCGAACACAUGGAAAAUCAGCUCCUGUCAAGCGUUCAGAGUAUUCCCGGUAAGAUUGUCGAUGCUUCUGAUACUCUGGCCAAGAAGUUGGAAUCACUCCAGACUUCGAUUGAACAGGCGCCUGCCCAUGACGAUCGAAAUGACCCGAUCGAAGAAUGUCUGGACGCUUUGCGAACCCUGCAGAUGUCGCCAGCCUUGACAGCUAAGGACAUCGAGAAGAUGGAAAGCACCUUGCGUCUUGUGCACGAACGGCAAGUCAUGAUCCUUUUUUAUUGUCUUGAUACCCUUUCCAGGACCAUAAGGAGCGAACCAACUCCUGACACGGAACUCCGGACUUUUAUUGGAGAGCGACUGAACAGCCUUCAGGAAGCGAUGCUGAGAUACGAUGAGGCUACUACCGAGAACCGCAAAACGCAGGAGCUAAACGUUUCUCUUAAGGUGAAGCUCGAGGAGCAGCAGCAACAUUCCCAUCAACUCAACGAGCAAAUCAAGGAGCUCCAGCAGUCCGAGGCCAAUCUUCGGGCCCAAUCCGAUCAGCUGGAACGGGAUCUGAAUGAACUGAGAGUUUCUCCCCCCGUCCCACACGUCGACACGGAGAAGCUCGAGCGAGAAGCUGUUGACCUUCGCCAACAGUUGAAGAAGAUUGAAGGUGACCUGGAAGCUGCAAAUAACAAGGUCGAGACGAUUGAGCAGGAAAGAGAUACGUACAAGAGCCACUCCGAUAAUCUCAAGACGCAGCUACAGGAACUGCAGCAGAAGCAUAGGGUUGAAGACGACGUCGCCAUACGAGAGGAGAUCGUCAAAGACUGCGAGAGUAGAUUCAUGGAGAAAGAACGCAGCUUGAAGAGCGAAAUCGAUCGACUCACAACUGAACGCGACGAGAAAGAAAACGCACAUGAGGAAGUGAGCUUCAAUUUGGACGCCGCGGAUACCCAGAUCGAUGAGCUAGAGGACAAGAUCCGCACACUUGAAUCGAAGGCGUUGGAAACGACAAACAUCCAAGAGCAGCUACGACAGACGACCGAAGAGCUUCACACCAAGGGUAGGGGCCAUGCUGAGUUGAGUCGCCGUUGCGAGGAGAACGUCGAGAAGAUCUCUGAGCUGCAAGGUCUGCUCGAUAAAUCACAUGCCCAAGCAGUCGAACAACGUACGACGAUGCAAACUAUGCGCAAAGAGGCUGAUACUACACUUGGCAAAGUACAACAAGAUGCAAGCAAUACGCUCCAACUUUUACACAAUCAGAUCUCUAAACUUCAGGAGGAAAAGAAGGAUGUGUCGUCCAAAGUUCAGCAAGCCCGGACUAAUGAGGGCAAACUGCGACAAGACGUAGCCGAACUACGCGCUGCAAAGGAAGCAGACGAAUCUCGAUGCCAAAAAGAUGCCGAUCAAGAGCGCGAGAAGCUGAAUGAGCAACAUCGCACCGUGAUUGAUGACUGGAACCGUCGUCUGACCGAGAAAGACGCUGCAUUGGAAAAAGCAGAAGCGGAUUUACGGCUCGCGGCAGACCAGUUCAAAGCCAAGCUAGCAGCUGAUCGCGAACAGGCAGAGUUAAAUAUGCAGAGACUCGAACGACAAUAUCAGGAUGUGAUCAAGGCUGAACGCGAAAAGGUUUGCCGCAAUCAACAAGACGGCUCCCAAGUACAGGGUGGCAAGAGUGUCUUACAGGAUCCACGCGAUGCUGUACAGGCAGCGAAGCCCCGGAAGAAACUUCAACGACAAAACCACUCGGUGCUCGACGGUCUUCAUGGUCAGAGUCCUCACUUUGAGAAGCCAUCAUGGGCCUUGGACGCCGAGUUCUCACAGACUCAGCUUGACGAUGACGACUUGUUUGCAACACAACAUCACACUCAUGAAACCCCCAACAACGCAGACAGCAUUGAUCACGAACCUGGGACGGCUACAGAAACUCAGGAUCUUGGAAGUGCAUCUAUCUCGCAGGAUAUAUUCAGCAUGUUCCGACCGUCACAGCAAGAUCCCAAUCGCCAAGUCUCAAGCUCGUUGAAUUUGAGUAGCAUAUCUCUCGACGACUUAGCAGCGCUGGAUGAGACCCAGUCUGCUUCAGGUGCUAUGCUUCGUGGUUACGUUCGUGGUUCUUCCAAUCAUGCCUCAGCCCACGCAAAUGCAAAAGCAACGCCGGCAGCCGACAACUUAUCUGUUGCUGGCUCUCACUCAUCUCGAUCAUCCGGACGACCACGAUCGCAAGCCAACACAGCGUCGCGAAUGAUGCCACCUCCUGGUAAUAGCUUCAGAUACUCUCAGUCUGGUACUGGUAUGCUUACGGAAGAGCGCGGAGGCUUCACCCGACAUACUACGUACGGAAAACCACUGGAGGCGCUCGGCGGUAGCGGCACAAGUGCCUUAGAUCCUAGAGAUCAAACUAGACCUUCGUCACAGCAGACCAGCAACCAGUACGACCCUCGACGCUCUGCCCAACCCGGAUCACAGCACGGCGUGACGCAUCCCACAAAGCAGGGUUACACCGAAAAGCGCAAGAGUAGCAGUGACUUGACGGAGAAGGAAUCGGAUUCAAAAAAGCAGCGGACCAGAUCUCAGUCGCGCCCGUUGAACUCCUCUACUGAUCUCCCUGGAAAACCCCCGUAUGCUUCUGGGAAGUCGGCCUCGACUUCGCGCCCGAAGGCACAAAAGACCUUGUUGUAUGGGCAGGCAAGUGCUUCAACUUCGUCCCGAUCAAAGACUCCUGUCGCUUCCUCCCGUGUGCGUGGUCGUGUCACCCGUCAGGCUCCGUCUUCUAGUGGUGCGUACUCCCCGCGUGGCCAGCCUUCAUCGCAGAUAUCCACUGGUGGUCCGACCCGUCGAUCCUCAACCCGCCUUACUAGGAGCCAGAGUAAGGACGCUCGCUAUGAACUUGUAUCGAACUGA